AUGAGGGAUCGCCUCAACUUUAGGACGAGUUUCUUGAUGAAAGACUUUAGUCGUGACCCUUGGGCCGACCACGACACCCUCGCCAAGGAAACUCCGCCUUUGAGUGAUGGCUCAGAGAUCCGCUUUCUCAUCCUUGGUGCCGGCCAUAACGGCAUACUCUUUGCCUACCAGUUGGUCGCGGCUGAAUUCAAUCCGGCUGAUGUUGUCGUCAUAGACAAGGCCGGCGGCUUCGGAGGUACCUGGGCUAUUGCUACUUGCCACUCCUCGAAGAAACAGGAUUCGUUCCAAAACAUCGCUACUGGAAGGGUCAAGAGAUCCGUCAGAACGUUGAGCAGAUUGCAAAAAUAUGGAAUUCAGGGCAUGUUCUAUACCAAGGCGAAGAGCGCUGAACGGAGCGACGUCCAGAAGCGGUGGGUUGUUGCAAUGAGCCGCAACAUGGGCCCAAAGUACCAACAUCUCAAUGGUGACUUUGUCAUUCAGACACAGUUUCUCAUGCCCGCUGGCAGCCUCUUCUACUCGCCGAGCGCGCCUGAUGUUCCCGGUCUCGGCGUUUUCGCGGAGAACCGGGAAAUCUUCCACACCAGCUGUUCCCAAGCUGGCCAAAUGGCCAAAUGGCCAAAACAACUCUAUGUGUUCCAGCGCACACCCUCAUACUGCGGACCAAGAAAGCAAGUCAAGACAACCCCGGAAAUCUGGAUCAUCGUCGUCGGCCGACCAAGCUGGCAGGCCGAUCGGAUGAGAAACCUAAACAAGUUUCUCAACGACCACCCAGAGGUAACUCCUGCCGAUGACCUCGUCAAAGACGGAUGGAGUAAUGCACGCACGUUUGCAGGACUCAUCGGCAGCCCCCGGGUUACAGAUGUCACCCCCGAAAACGUCCAUCGGCAUCUCCAGCGGAUGCUAGAACUCGACGCGGAGAUCUCAACUGAACUCCGAAAGCACGUCGAGCGUGAGGUGGACGACACGGAAUUGGCUGAAAAGCUGAUCACUUGGUACCCCGGCUGGUGCAAGCGCCCGACAUUCCAUCAAGAUUAUCUCAAAUCUUUCAACCGCUCCAACGUCACGCUCGUUGAUACCGAUGAGUAUUUUAGUCGGAAGGGCGACUUGGUCAAGGAGUACGAAGUCGACGUUCUCGUACUUGCGACAGGUUUCGCAACGACAACUGCUGUCGACGGAGACCCAGCUCAAGUACUUAACAUGCCGACCCAGGGUCGCAAUGGUCGCGAUCUGACGGAGAAAUGGCAAAGCGACGAAUUCGCGACCUUCAUGGGCGUGGCCACACGCGACUUUUCCAACCUACUCUUCUACACCUCGAAGGGCGCCACUUCCUCGACGAACACGACGUACCCGUGCACGGUUGGAGGCAGAUUAGUCGCUCAUAUCGCCAAGACUGCCUACGAUCGUGCUUCCGAUAUCAACAGGGUUGAAGUUGAGGUCAGCAAGGAGGCGGAAUAG